UUCUUAUAAUCUAAUCACGCUCAAACGAUUAAUAAACACGAACACAGCAUCAGGGGCGGGCAUCUCGUUUAUUGAUGCAGCGAGCGUUUACAACAUCACCAUGAAGAAAUUACAGCAGUGAAUAAACAAUAAAGCAAAGUUGAAAGAGAUGCCUUCGAGUGGCUCUUGCAUAACUUACAAAAUCUUAAAUAGGCUAAGGAUCCUAAGGAUUCAUCAUACCUGCAAGCACGCCUAAAGUACUUCAACAGUUAACACGAAUUAUACAUCAUAAACAUACUCCAGUGUCAUUAGCGAAACGUUACAAAAUAUAUUUCUCCCUCAGUGUCAGUACUCCUGGUCGGGGGGUCACUGGGAGCGGGGACAAAGAUGAGAGUGGAGCCUGGAAUCCAGAUUUAAAUCGCGCAGCAUCUAAAAUGGCGUGAGGAACCAUGGGGUAUCCAUGUGUCCAGUUUUCUCGUGGAGCCUUAAUCUUCGUUGUCGUCUUUUGUCCUUAAUGAACAGAGCAGAGGUAUUUGGAACAUUGAGUAAAUGGAAGUGGCCAGUAGUUGGUGUGGCAGCCGCUUUCGUUGGUUCUAUGUACACAUUUGGUUUCAACCGGUCUCUUACUCUCCAAGCAAGUAACGGACAAGAUGACGCAACAAACUCUCUCGGUUUACGAGACCUUUUGCAGAAACUGAUCCAUAACUUUGUACAGGGUGGUAAAGGUCCAGAGAAACCACCUUUAAGUCCAAAAGAGGCAAGCGAAAUCUUACGAAGGAAUGAGAAAAUGACAGAGGUGAAUAUUGGAGCUGUGUCGUACUUUGAAACCAAUAACUUUGCUUCGAACAAUCCUUGUGAGGAUCGGAACAACGAAUGGCUGCUGUUAAAGACCAGUGGUGCUGCCUUUGGUGUGUUUGAUGGGCACGGAGGCUGGCAAUGUGCUGAAGCGGUAAAAAACCGCCUACCUCUCUAUCUAGCGUUAUCCCUUCUUUCCAAAUCAGAUUUGACGAUGUUGGAAAGAAAUCUUUCGAAAGGCUUCUCGAUAGACGACUUUGUCACAAGUUUUCAAACGGACAAAUCACCAGUGGGAGAACAAAAAAGUUCCAAAAGCAAUGUUGGGUAUACUUUAAGUCAGAAGCAAGAGGUUUUCCACACUGGACCAAAAUAUCUGGUGAAAAACUUGCUUGAAAAGUCGUUUCGUGGUCGUCUGCCUGCUGGAGAAUCACUCAGUUUGGCUUUCACUCAGUUAGAUGACGAUAUCUCAACCGAGGCUAUACCAGUUAAAGUUCUUGAUGACUCGUUUGUCUCUGGAGCUACAGGUGCUUGUGCUAUAGUGUCAUACAUUGAGGGCCAAGACCUCUUUGUUGCAAACACAGGGGAUUGCAGAGCAGUCCUUGGAAGCAUGAAAGCAGAUGGUUCUUGGCUUGCCACGCCACUGUCCAUUGAUCAGACAGCACAGAAUCCAGAUGAAGUUCAAAGAUUGCAAUUAGAGCACCCUGGCGAGGAGCACUUUGUCAUCAAAAAUAACCGUCUGUUAGGACAGCUUCAGCCACUGCGAUCUUUUGGUGAUAUUCAGUACAAGUGGGAUAAAGUUACCCAUUCUCAUGUUCUAACACAGGUUUAUGGUGGUCCUAUAGUACCGCCAAGUAUGUACAAAACUCCGCCAUACCUUACUGCAAAACCUGUCAUCACACAUCAUCACUUACAACCUCAUGAUAAAUUCCUAAUCCUGGCUACAGAUGGCUUGUGGGAUGUUCUUAGCAAUGAACAAGCUGUUGGUUUGGUUGCAAAUUUUCUUCAGCAUCAAAGUAAAGAUAAACAACAUACACAGCUGGUUAGCAGUGUUGUCACAACUGGCAAUGAGGUGCUGGAACAUAAUGCAGCUACACAUCUUAUUCGCCAUGCCUUGGGCGGCAAUGACCACAGUUUUGUUGCUCAGAUGUUGCUAGUUCCAGAGCAAUAUCGCCGCAUGUGGAGAGAUGACAUUUCUGUAACUAUAGUAUUUUUUAAUUCAGACUCUCUUUUAUCUAAGCUGUAAGAGACUAACCAUACAAUGGCUAAUCUGAAUCUUUUAGGUGAUAAACCAUCUGAAUUAUAUUCCAUGCAAAUUACUGAGCUCUCUCACCAAGUUGCAAGUUUUUGGCUAUACUCUGAAAAUGAAGGAUGUGUUUCAUCAAUGAUCCAAUUCUGGAAUAAAACUAUAAUUCAGAAUAGACAUUCUGUCAUUACAUUAAUUAGUGUAUGACAAAUAAUCAUGAUUAUUUUUAAUUUUUUUAUUUUACCAACAAUUAGAUUUUUUAUUUUAUCAUCAAUUACUGACAUUCCAUGUCACUUGCAUUACAAAGAUAUCAUUAAAGAAUCAUUAUGGUCCUGGGUGAACAA